AAUUUUCUUAAUGAAUACCUGACAUACUCGUGGCACCUAUUUAAGCAUGCCACUGAAAACGUCAAUCUAAAUCAACAAGUAUGAAUCCUAAAGUGUUUAUUGUAACCUGCUUGGCUAUAUUUUGUGGAGAAUAUGUCUAUGGCUCCAGCGUUAAGAGGACGAACCAUAAUAUAGACACCAGAGAAGUCGUCAAUAAUUCUGAACCACACAUUCCUCGUGACCCUUGUAUUGUUUUAUGUCCACCUAUCCAUUGCCCCACUUUAAGUCCCCCCGUUCAUCACAACGAAUCUACACCCGUAACUGGUAGGACAACUGAAGCUACGUCACCAACCUCAAGCGAAGCCCCAGAAGAAAGAGUCCACAAAACUUACCACCUUAAAACGGAGCAUUUCAAAGAUUUUUCGAAAAAACAUGACGACAGAUUACUUCUUCCUCCAUUCAGGCCACCCUGUAUAAGAUUAUGUGAAUGUAGUGUGGGGGAAUGUGAAGGAGAGAGUCCUAUUGUUCCAUAUUAAAUUGAUUGUUUAAUGAAUUAAAAUUAUGAGCAUUGAAA